UUUUGGUUAUAGGCUUCUAGCUGUCUGAUUUUAAUGUAUUGGUGUUUUUUUAAUUUAAGUGUUAGAUGUUUAUGUUUUGGUUGGGUUAGGUUGGUUAUUGGAAGUGUAGUUGAGUUUUUGGUUUCUUCCCAAGUAUCAACCAACGAAUUCGUUGAGUGUUCUUUUUAAAACACCAAGCAGCCUCUAACAGGAGCAGAGGGAGUUCAAGCACAACAAAAGAGCUCAUUCGAUGUGCAGUGGGCCGAAGAGGAACCUAACUCACCCUGCUUUUCUCAUGGACAAUGAUUUACAGAAACAAGAUGCCUUUACCUAUCAUUUCUCCCUUCUGCUUGAAUUGUCUGCCUCUGAUGAUCUAAUUGGGUUUCAGAGAGCGAUUGAAGAGGAGGGGCACCAUGUCGAUGAGCCUGGCUUGUGGUACGCACAGAGCAUCGGCUCCAAAAAAAUGGGGAUCGAGGAGCGCACCCCCCUAAUGAUUGCCGCCUUAUUUGGAAGCAAAGAUGUCUUAAAUUACAUUCUUGAUAUGGGCUGUGCUGAUGUGAAUAGGCGUUUAGGCUCUGAUGGGGCCACUGCCCUGCACUGUGCUGCUGCAGGAGGCUCUGCUUCUUCUCUUGAGGUUGUCAAGCGAUUGCUCGAUGCCUCUGCUGAUCUUUAUUCUGCUGAUGCUAAUGGAAAUCGUGCAGCUGAUUUAAUUGCUCCGCUUGUCAGUUCUGGUUUUAAUUCUAAGAGAAAGGCACUCGAGAUCAUGCUAAAGGGUGGUAGCACUGGUGAAGAUGCUUGUUUUUUGGCCGAUCACAAUCCUAUGCACAUGGAUGGUCAAGAACUACUAGAAGUUUCAACACCAAGGUUAUUGAAAGAUGGGACCGAGAAGAAAGAGUAUCCUGUUGAUCUUACUCUUCCAGAUAUAAAAAAUGGUAUAUAUGGUACUGAUGAAUUUAGAAUGUACACAUUCAAGGUGAAGCCGUGCUCAAGGGCCUAUUCCCAUGACUGGACCGAAUGCCCUUUUGUUCACCCUGGUGAGAACGCUAGACGGCGGGAUCCAAGGAAAUACCACUAUAGCUGUGUUCCAUGCCCUGAGUUUCGGAAGGGAUCAUGCAGGCAGGGUGAUGCCUGUGAAUAUGCACAUGGUAUUUUUGAGUGCUGGCUUCACCCUGCCCAGUAUCGCACCCGUCUCUGCAAAGAUGAAACCAGCUGCGCAAGGAGGGUUUGUUUUUUCGCUCACAAGCCUGAAGAGCUUCGUCCCUUGUAUGCCUCAACGGGUUCAGCUGUGCCUUCACCUAGAUCCUACUCAGCCAAUGAUAUGGGAUCUAUCAGCCCACUAGCUCUAGGCUCUCCACCUGUAUUGAUGCCAUCUUCAUCAACCCCUCCAAUGACUCCCACUGGGUCCUCAUCUCCGAUGGGUGGUUGGCCAAGCCAGUCUAGCAUCGUGCCUCCUACCUUGCAGCUUCCUGGUAGCAGGUUGAAAUCUGCACUCAGUGCUAGGGAUAUGGAUUUAGACAUGGAGUUGCUCGGGCUUGAUAGUCACCGACGUCGGCAACGAAUGAUGGACGAGUUAUCUGGUCUAUCCUCACCGUCCAGCUGGAAUAAUAGUGGUUCAGCUUUUGCUGCCUCUGGGGAUCGAAACGGGGAGUUGCACAGGCUUGGAGGAGUGAAGCCUACUAACCUUGAAGACAUUUUUGGAUCUCUUGACCCUUCAAUUUUGCCACAGUUGCAGGGAUUCUCCAUGGAUAGUGCUGCAUCCCAGUUGCAGUCUCCUUCGGGAAUUCAGAUUCGCCAGAAUAUUAACCAGCAGCUCCGCUCGAGCUACCCGACAAAUUUUUCAUCCUUUGGAAUGGAUCCCUGUGGUGCGGCUGCAGCAGCUGUAAUGAGUUCGAGGUCUGCUGCCUUUUCGAAGAGGAGCCAGAGCUUUGUUGAACGAGGCGCUGGGAACCGCCAUACUGGGUUUUCCCCACCAACUUCUUCUGCAACCAUGAUGCCUUCAAACCUUUCAGAUUGGGGUUCCCCUGAUGGAAAAUUGGACUGGGGUAUCCAAGGUGAAGAGCUUAAUAAGCUGCGGAAAUCUGCUUCAUUCGGCAUCCGAAACAAUGGCAGCAGUUUGUCAGCAGCAGCGUCAAUGGCAGCUACAAGAGUUGAUGAGCCAGAUGUGUCCUGGGUUCAGUCCCUGGUGAAGGAUGCCCCGCCUAUGGGAUUUGAACAGCAGCAGCAAUGCCAUCUUAACACUGGAGAAAUGCUUCCAGCCUGGGUGGAGCAAUUGUACAUUGAGCAGGAGCAGAUGGUGGCUUAAAAGAACCAUCUGGUGCCUACAUUUUAACUAGUUAUUUGUUUUCCAUUUUUUGAUAUUUUUUAAUUUAUAUUUAUACCUAGUAGGAACAAAAGAAGGGACUGAGAGAGAGAAGAAAGGACGAAGAGUGAAAAAUUCUUUUUCUAGUAAUUUGGUGAUGAGAUGAGAGUAAAGGGGGCUGAUUUGAUUUGACCAAGUGUUGGAUUAUUUGUACUUUGUAGGUUCUGUAUACAUUACAUUAAUUAAUCAAUAAAACAUAUUAUAAAAAUUUCAAUGCA